GCUAGCUAACGUAUUAGUGUUGUUUGCUUGUUUAGUUAGCUGCAGUACAGUAGAUGAGCUGACGUUAACCGUUGUUCUUGACCUGUCUUGUCAAACAAGUAACUAACGUUAGCUAGCUUUUCUACAACUAGCUAACAAGUUCUCAACAGCUAAAACAUUUAAAACUAGCUAGUUAUUUAGCUAGUAAGCUAUGUAACGUUAUCCAGCUAAUAUAACGAUGUUAGUAAACGCUAGUUAGCUAUACAACUGUCAACUAACCUUAACUGGUUUAGCACUAAACACAUUUCGCUAGCUAGUCUACAGCCUUAACAGGCGCUAAUUUAUUCCUACAGUCAGGCUAACCACAACGAUGUCUCGGAGGCGGCUUGACAACCGCAAUUUACCUACUGGGUUACUUGGAGAAAUUCAAACCCUUAUCAAUACGGAACCGAUGGACAGUAUGUACGAAAUCACCGGCGAGUUGGGCAGGGGGAAAUUUGCAGUGGUGAAGCGGUGCAUGGAGAAGGCUACGGGAAAGAUGUUCGCCGCCAAGUUCCUGCGGAAGCGGAGGCAGGGCCGAGAUUGUCGGGCCGAGGUGGUGCACGAGAUGGCAGUGCUGGAGGCGGCCCGCAACAACCCUCAUGUGGUCAACCUGCAAGCUGCCUACGAGACAGACCACGACAUAAUCCUGCUGCUGGAAUAUGCGGCGGGAGGUGAGAUCUUUGACUACUGUGACUGUGAUGAGCUGCUCCCAGAGGGCCAGAUCACACGCCUGAUCAGACAGAUGCUGGAGGGCGUCCACCUCCUCCACCAGACCAGCGUGGUGCACCUGGACCUCAAGCCCCAGAACAUUCUCUUAACCAGCCUGGCUCCACUGGGGGACAUAAAGAUUGUGGACUUUGGCCUGGCGCGCAAACUGGGCACAGUCGGAGAGCUCCGAGAGAUCUUGGGCACGCCCGAGUACGUGGCUCCAGAAAUUCUAAACUACGAGCCUAUCACCACAGCAACUGACUUGUGGAGUGUGGGGGUGAUAGCCUACAUGCUGGUGACGGGUGAGUCUCCGUUUGCAGGGGACGACAAACAGGAGACGUACCUGAAUGUGUCCCAAGUCAAUGUGGACUACAGCCAAGAGGCCUUCUCCAGGGUGUCGGAGCUCGCCGUCGACUUCAUCCGCAAGCUGCUGGUCAAAACACCAGAGGACAGGUCCAGUGCAGCCGACUGCAUGACCCACCCCUGGCUGUGGCAUCAAUACCCAAUUACCGAGCCCAUCACGCCACGUACACCCCGCGAGAGGAGCAGCGGUAACAAGUGGGCCGCCCCACCCGAGGACCCAGAAGACAAGGAGAACUUCACCUUGGACUCGCACCACACCCACGCCAAGAGGUUUCGGUUUGAGGUGGAGACGCCCGCCUCCGACUUUUGAGGGGGAAAGAGCGACGCAAGCGCCCUCCCUCCUGCGACCUCCCCUUAUGAUUUUAUUGGUUUUAUGCAGCAAUGAACCUGCAGGCAGCACUGUUGCCUACCCAAGAGCUAUUCAGUUCUGUUCUACCGCUCGCUUGUAUCCAGUGUGUCCAGCCAAACCAAAGUUAACCAGCUUACUUUGUGAUCUAAUGAGUAAUAGUAUUUUAUAGUGAGCUGUUUUUGUCUUUUGUUUUGUCUGGUUCAUUUAUGUCCCUGAAUCUACAGAGAAUGGGUGGCCAGGUAUAUCUUAAGGGAAAACUAUGCUAUACUGUUUUUCCACAAACUUUUAAGAGACAUUUUAAACAGUCAGCAUAUUAUUACUUGACCAUUUUUGCCAGAAUGCUAAUAAGUUGUCGUAAGUGUUCUUAGAUGCCCCAAAGUAUUUUUUGUAUUUUGUGCUAAAAGCAUUCGAAAGAACACUGAGCUGUGCAUAUACAAGCUAAAUCAGUCUAUUUGAGGUCGUGAAAGUAAAGUAUCCUCGUACUAUAUGCUUAAUUGCUUGACCCAAGAUGUGCAUUACCUCCCUACUCUCAAACAAGCAUCAGCUUCGGGCCAUGGCUUAUGCCGAGUGGCAUAUUCCAUUCCAUUCCAUCUGACAUUCCCUUGUCUAGUUCUUAGACACUCUACAACACACCACAUCUGAAAACACGUCAUUGAAGACAGGUUUUCUAUGCACACAUUACCCAGCUUUGGCCUGCAUAAUAAGUAAGCCAAUGAGUCACGCUAUUUUCUGUCAAUUACAGUGUUUAUUGUUUACCUGAACUCUCCUGGUUUACAAUUCCACAGUAAUAGAGGCGGUUUAAGAGGGCUCUAAAAAAGGUGACUCAUGGACAGUUCACACCACACCCAUGCUUACUCAAAUGUUUCUGCAAAGUUGUCAGUUCCUCUUUAAUCAUUAGCUUAAGGCAAAUGUGACUGAAGCACUUUCUAUUUAUCAUCUGGGUAUUCAUCAUGAAUUACUGGAAAAUAACCAUGUCCUCUGAAGUGUUUUUAAUUCCAUGUUUUUUUUAAAACGAUAACUUGAAAACAAAUUAUUUUCUGAUGUUCACCAAAGUAAUCUAAUCUGUAUCCCUUUAAUCAACAUUAAAAAGCUAUUCCAUUUUUCUAGGGCUAGGAGUCCUUUAAAGCUCAAUGGGAAUCAGGUACCGUGCAUUUGGAAAGUAUUCAGACCCUGACUUUUUCUACAUUUUGUUAAUGUACAGCCUUGUUCUAAAAUUGAUUAAAUAGUUUUUUCCCCCCUUCAAUCUACACACAAUACCCCAUAAUGACAAAGCAAAAACAGGUCUUUAGAAGCACAUUUGGCAACAAUUACAGCCUUGAGUCUUCUUGGGUAUGACGCUACAAGCGUGGCACAACUGUAUUUGGGGAAUUUUUCUCUGCAGAUCCUCUCAAGCUCUGUCCGGUUGGAUGGGGAGCGUUUCAGUUCUCUCCAGGGAUGUUCGAUCGGGUUCAAGUCCAGGCUCUGCUGGGUCACUCAAGGACAUUCAAAGACUUGUCCCGAAGCCACUUCUGUGUUGUCUUGGCUGUGUGCUUAGGGUUGUUGUCCUGUUGGAAGGUGAACCUACGCCCCAGUCUGAGGUCCAGAGCGUUCUCGAGCAGGUUUUCAUCAAGGAUCUCUGUACUUUGCUUCAUUCAUCUUUUAUUUGAUCCUGACUAGUCUCCCAGUCCCUGCUGCUAAAAAAAAACAUUCCCACAGCAUGAUGCUGCCACCACCAUGCUUCACCAUAGGGAUAUUACCAGGUUUCCUUGGCAUUUAGGCCAAAUAGUUAAAUAUCGGUGAAGAGAAAAAUUGCUGAUUAAAGGGAUACAGAUUAGAUUACUUUGGUGAACAUCAGAAAAUAAGUUGUUUUCAAGUUGUACUUUUUUUUUAAAACAUGGAAUUAAAAACACUUCAGAGGACAUGGUUAUUUUCCAGUAAUUCAUGAAAUACCCAGAUGAUAAAUAGAAAGGGCUUCAGUCACAUUUGCCUUAAGCUAAUGACCUCCCUGACCAAGGCCCUUCUUUAGGAAGAGUCUUGGUGGUUCCAAACUUCUUCCAUUUAAGAAUGAUGGAGGCCACUCUAUUCUUGGACCUUCGAUGCUGCAGAAAUGUUUUUGUGUCCUUCCCCAGAACUGUGCCUCAACAAAAGCCUUUCUCGGAGCGCUACGGACAAUUCCUUCAACCUCAUGGCUUGGUUUUUGCUCUGACAUGCACUGUCAACUGUGGGACCUUUUUAUAUAGACAGGUAUGUGCCUUUCCAAAUCAUGUCCAAUCAAUUGAAUUAACCACAGGUUAAGUUGUAGAAACAUCUCAAGGAUGAUCAAUGGAAACAGGAUUCAGUUGAGCUUAAUUUCGAGUCUCAUAGCAAAGGAUCUGAAAAGUGAUGUAAAUAAGGUAUUUCUAUUUUUUAUAAAUAAAUAAAAAAUAUAUAUUUUUUGCUUUGUCAUUAUCAGG